GCGGCGGCGGCGGCGAAGCUGAGGAGUAAGGAGGUGAUGGAGGCGGAAGCCAAGGUUCUGGUAGGGACGUACGCGAGAGCUCCGAUUGUGCUCUCCAGUGGCAAGGGCUGUAAACUGUAUGAUAUCGAGGGGCAAGAGUAUUUGGACAUGACCUCUGGGAUUGCAGUGAAUGCGCUCGGCCAUGGCGAUCCUGAUUGGGUCAGAGCUGUUACAGACCAAGCCAAUGUGCUCACCCAUGUCAGCAAUGUCUACUAUUCUAUUCCACAGGUGGAGCUCGCAAAACGCCUAACUGCUUGUUCUUUUGCGGAUCGCGUCUUUUUCUCAAACAGUGGAACAGAAGCAAAUGAAGCUGCCAUUAAAUUUGCAAGAAAAUUCCAAAGGUUUUCGCGUCCUAAUGUGCAACAGCCACCAACAGAGUUCAUUUCAUUUAGUAAUAGCUUCCAUGGGAGGACCAUUGGUGCUCUUGCUUUGACUAGCAAAGAGAAUUACAGAACACCUUUCGAACCUCUCAUGCCUGGAGUUACUUUCUUAGAGUAUGGGAAUGUUCAAGCUGCAAAAGAACUGAUUCAAAGUGGCAAGAUUGCUGCAGUAUUUGUGGAACCUAUCCAAGGUGAAGGAGGCAUACACAGUGCCACCAAGGAGUUCUUACAAUCUCUUUCUAGUGUUUGUCAUGAUGCUGGCUCUCUCCUGGUUUUUGAUGAGGUGAGCAGCUAUAUUUUGAUGAGAAGUUGUCAAAUGCAUGUUGGAUUGUGUGUCUUUGAACAUUACAAAAAUGUUGGACUUAAUCUCCUAAUUGAAAUGUAUUAGAAUAAAAAAAUAAAA